CACCGCUUAAAGGAAAUCUCUCUCUCUCAAAUCCCUAAAAUCGCCGCCGCCAUGGCCAAAAAAUUCCGUCGCUGAAUUUGUCUCUCUCUCUCAAAAAUUCAGCCAUGGCCUAAAAUCGGCGAUCUCAUCACUGAAUUCGUCGCUGUGUUCAUCGUGGAUCUCAUCUCCUAUCUCCUCUCUGAUAUCAUCUUCGAGCCCAGUCCUCGCCAGAAAUCGAGCCCAGUCCUCGCCGGAGAUUUCUAGGGUUUCAGCUGGUACUCGAAAGCAAGUGAAAAGAAUAAGGAAAGUCGAAACAGUCAAACGCUCUUGCACACAGCGGGUUCAAAAAGUUUUGCAAGAAUUCGUAGAGAUAUGGAAAAGGAAUUGAACCGGCCUCCAACAGAUGCAGAAGUGUUUAUAGAGACUCGUAAAAAGAAGAAAAAAGCGCAACCAGAAAAAACACUUGACAUGAUUGGUACAUUGGAACAACUAACUCAGGAGCUAACUCAGGAACAAACUUAAGGAGAAAAUGUAGAUGCAUGGCAUCUUGUCAAUAAAAAAGAACAUCCUGGACGUGUGCGUCUCCGGGGACGGGCGAUCACUCAAAGCAUGCUACAAAGCAAUAAGGAGAAAGCCAUUGAUCCAUGUGAUCAAGUCCCUGAGUCAAUUGUUCAAGCAAUAACAAAGAAGGUGGUGGCCACUCAACAAGAGGAGAUGAAGAGACAACAAGAACCUCAAGCUACAAGUAUGAUUCAAACAUUUGCAGAUAUGUUGAGUGAAGUAACUGAACGUCCAGUUAGUCCAAGCUUUGUUGACAGGUUUAAAGCGCGUACUAAACUUCCUGAAGAGACUGCUAGUGUUCUAGAUCAUGAAGAGGCAGGCCAAGAAUCCUUCAGAUCCAUUACAAGAUCCUAUUACAGAGGAGCUGCAGGCGCACUAUUAGUCUAUGAUAUCACCAGGAGGGAGACUUUUAAUCAUCUGGCAGGCCAACAUAUCACCUUCCAAUUUCAGAAGUUUCAUGUUUUGUAAUCAAAUGUUGAUGUACAUUGUUUGAAUGUUAGUUCGGUACGAUAUUUUCUGAGUUGAAAUGUUGGUAGUGUGGAUUUAAUACUUUGUAGUUUUUAUACUAUACUGAUGUAUGUUGGCACUUAUCAUUAUGGUUGAUUAUGCUCAACAUAAUCACUUUUAUA